GUACGUCAUUGGACAUCAUUGGAACGAAUUAUAAAGUGAUCGUAGUCGUGAACGAAUGAAGAAUUAAAUUAUUAUUUAUUUAUUUAUGUCGUCCUGUUUUGGGUAUUGAUUUAAUUGAUUAUCUGUCGAAAAAUACAAUAAUAUAAUGUAUUUAUUGAUAUAUUAAAUAGAAUUUCCUAACAAUGUGUUCCGAAUCAUUACCCAAAGAAUUCGAAAAAACUACCGAAGUAUUACCUAUAGUUACAUAUGGCAUUUCAACAAUUGAGGAUCUUAGGAGAGCAGAAGCAGAAAUUAAUUUGUUGGAGAAACUGAGACGCGCUGGCCUCAAUGCAUACGAAAUGAAAUUGUAUCAUGAAAACGAAUUGGGAAUUGUUGAUAAGCGCAGGAAAAUAGAAUCAUUAGUAUUAAAGGCACAAUUAGCAGCAAUUUAUGAGAAAAUUAGUGUUUAUGAACAAAUUGAGAGUUCAAAAAAAUCAAAAGAACAACCGAGUACCUCAAAGAAUACACCGGAAGAUGUUUUCGAAAGGCUUAAAGACAAGCCCAUAACCAUUUACCCUGAUCCACAUCCUGUAAAGAAUAAUAUUAAGGAAGUGAGUGAAAACUUCUUCACUUCAGAACUAGUUCCUAUUACAAAGAGGCGUAAGUCAUUAAGACGCUUCGAAAGGAACAAAGAGAAGGUCCUUUCACAGGAGGGGCAAGUGAAUAUACCUCUUCAUGUCACACCAGUCGUGAACAGACCGGGCAGUCUGUGGGAUGUCAAAGAAUUACCAAAGAAACCACAAAAUGUAGAGGCUCCUGACAAUUGUGAUACAAAGCCAAAGAAAAAUACCCUAUAUACAAUAAGGAAUAAUAAGAUCGUAAGGCUGGAACCGCUGCCAGGAGACCAGGGAGUCGUGGAAGAUGAGUACCAGGCUGUUGAUAUAGUAAUGCCAACAAAUUCUGCUGAAGAACAAUUGCUGGAAGGCACUAAAAUGGCAGUGGAUGAUAUAAAGAAAAUUGAAAGGUUCAAAGAUUAUGAGCCUGGAAUUCCAUCCAAGGUAUUGUACCUAAAGAAUAUAGCACCAUCAGUCACCGAGGAGCAACUUUCACUUCUAUUUAAUCAAUUUAUGUUGGAAAAUGGCGGCCCUGUAGAAGUGAAUCUGAUGUCUGGCCGCAUGAGGGGGCAGGCCUUUGCUUCUUUACAGAAUGUAGAGCUGGCGAUACGAGCGCUGGAAGAGGUCAACGGAACUAUCCUGAGUGGUCGACCGAUCAUCGCGCAGUUUGGCCGGGGCACCACAAGGGUUCAAGAAUAAGCAUAUUCCAUUAGAUACUAUUGAAAGUUGUAUGAACAGUGUCAUUUCAUUGGCUACCUGUUUGUAUGUGUGUAUUCGUGUUUGGUGUUCGAUACGUAAGCGUAUUUAAAAAAUUAAAAAAAAAAAUUGUUUAACAAAAAUCAUUAAAUGUUAUAAGUAUAAUUACAUUAUGUAAAUGUUGGUCAAACUCACUCAGUGUUCCGAAUUAUAGAAUUUAUGUGAA